GGUGAUUUAAAAGAGCCUGGCGGUACCGUCAACAUAGUUUCGAUUUUCCCGUGAGACAAUGGCAGGGGAUGAUAAGGUGAACAUUGAUAGUGUCAUUGGUAGAUUACUAGAGGUUCGACGCACUCGUCCUGGCAAAAACGUUCAAAUGAGCGAAACAGAAAUCCGCGGGCUGUGUCUGAAGUCUCGCGAAAUCUUUUUAAGUCAACCUAUUUUACUGGAAUUGGAGGCUCCCCUCAAAAUAUGCGGUGAUAUUCACGGACAAUAUUAUGACUUGCUCCGGCUUUUUGAGUAUGGAGCAUUUCCUCCCGAAGCAAAUUAUUUGUUCUUGGGUGACUAUGUGGAUCGAGGAAAGCAGUCUCUUGAAACAAUAUGCCUGCUACUAGCCUAUAAAAUCAAAUAUCCAGAAAAUUUCUUCUUGCUAAGGGGUAAUCAUGAAUGUGCCUCUAUUAACCGUAUAUAUGGAUUUUAUGAUGAAUGCAAACGUCGAUAUAAUAUAAAAUUGUGGAAAACCUUCACAGACUGUUUCAAUUGUUUGCCGAUUGUAGCAAUUAUAGACGAGAAGAUUUUCUGCUGUCAUGGCGGUCUCUCACCAGAUCUUUCAACAAUGGAACAGAUAAGACGCAUCAUGCGUCCUACAGAUGUUCCUGAUCAAGGACUAUUAUGUGAUUUACUUUGGUCAGAUCCAGAUAAAGAUGUAACUGGUUGGGGUGAAAACGAUCGCGGUGUUAGUUAUACAUUCGGUCCAGAUAUUGUGGCCAGAUUUUUACACAAACAUGAUUUGGAUUUAAUAUGCCGUGCUCACCAGGUAACGUGCAAAAAAUUCUCAUCCACAACUUCAGGUUGUCGAAGACGGUUAUGAAUUCUUUGCCAAGCGUCAAUUAGUAACUCUUUUUUCCGCCCCGAAUUAUUGCGGUGAAUUUGAUAACGCAGGAGCGAUGAUGUCUGUAGAUGAUACAUUAUUGUGCUCAUUUCAAAUUUUGCGUCCAGCUGAAAAGAAAAAAUAUUACGUUGGUGUCCCAACUGGCAGCCGACCAAUUACUCCACCUCGUGGGGCUAAAGCGAAAGGGAAAUUAUAAAAAUCUUGAAAUAUUGCAUCUCCAAUUUCUUUGCUUUUAAGACUAUAAUUAAAGCGUCAGGUGAAUAACUUUAUGACUACUGUCCCCUGUUCAUUGCUGUCAUUUAUCAGUUUUUCAAAAAAAUCUAUUUCUACGUCGAAAAGUUUAGAUUUUCCUUAUAUAUGUCUUUGUGGCGAAAAGCAGUCGUAUUUUGUCCUAUAUCAUUGAGAUUGGAUUAAUCAGUGUGAAUUAUCCUCUUUGGAAUCUUUUGUUUCUAAGUUAUUAAACAGCUUUCAUUUACUUUCAUACUUACAAGUCUUGUUAUUCAAAAGGCUUGUUCUCUUUUUUUGCAUGUUGUAGAAGCAUACACAAAUUAAUACAUUGGUUAUUAAUUCUAUUCUAUUGGGUACCACUUUACUAUUGUUAUUACUAUUAUCAUAAUUGUACAUUUCUUUUUCUCCUCCUUACGUUUAAUUGUUAUUUAGAAAAUCAAACUGGAGAAAUGAGUAGUUUUCAGUCGUUUUGCUCAAUUGCUUCUUCGACUGAUCACUAGUGUUGUUAAAAAAAUAAUUCAACGGUAGAAAUUACCUAUACUAAUUUUUAUACAUCACAAACUUAUUGUUUUGGACGUCAAAAUACUUAGUUCAUGUAUGUGAUGAAUGUGUGUAUGCUUUCUUUUUUGUUUUCGAAAAUUGAUUGUUUACAUUAAUAACUGAGUUCCAGGUUUUUUACUUUUUUUCCAAUUUACUUGUAUUGUACAGUUAGCUACUUUCUGUUGUAAAACCUCAUAUUCUUUAAUGAAACAGUUUGUUGGAUUGAGUAAAAUAUAACUUCGCCUUGCUGU